GAAACAAAGAAUAUAGUAGCGUCAGACUCUGAUUUCAUACUUCAACGCACAUACAUACCUUCUCUACUGUCUGAAACUUCAACAAUUAAUACUAAGAAAACGUUCUCAAGAUAAAUUAACUUAAAAGAAAUUGAAUUCUACGCUACAGAGAGAAGGGAAAAGACGUUAAGAAAAUAAGAAGAAAAAAAAGAAGGAGAGGUAGAAAUUGCGGAGAUGCACUGUGAAGGUUUUGAUGUGUUGUGGGCUCAGUCAGUGCUUUUUUUCCAUGAAAGGUGAUCAUUCGGAUGCUUGAACUCUACGUUUUUUAUUUUUUUUUGGUUUUAAGGGCUUGAAAUGUGUCGAGAAGCACUAAGUUCUUACAAAGAUUGUAUUUUGGGUUUAUUCUUGUUCAGUUUUAGUCAUGGUUUAUUAGGACGGCAAUGUAGAUUUCAUUUGAUUGUUAAGAAAAACCUAUCGAUUCAAUAUAUUUGAGAGAUCACAGAUUCAGACACUUCCAUUUUUUCCAUGAUCCUAGAAUUACAUGGCAUGUAAUUAGAGCAUGGUUAUUUUGUUGUUUUAAGUUUCUCAAGGGGUUUUGAUCUUGAUCUUGAUCUUGUUUUGGAACAAUAUCAAGGGUAAUGAAACAUUAUGAGACUUAAGAAUUGGAUAAAAAGGUGGGGACUUGGCGUUAGAGGGAAAUUGUGGAAGAUGAUGAAGUGCAUACGUUCUGGGGAGCAGCUACGAUUAGAUGACAUGGCUUCCUCUUCAGAGUCCUUGGCAACUCGGGACUACUCAGUCAGUUAUUCAUCUCAAGCUGCUGGGGUAGAUACAAAGGUUGAGAAUAGCAACAUUGAAGAAGCAGAGUCAUCCCUUCGUGAGAGUGGUUAUCUCAACUAUGAGGAAGCUAGAGCAUUAUUGGGAAGGCUUGAGUAUCAAAAGGGAAAUAUAGAGGCAGCACUUCAAGUGUUUGAGGGAAUUGACAUUGCUUCUGUGAGCUCUAAAAUAAAACUCUCCCUUUCUAGAAGAUGUGAACAAAAUCGACGUCGUUCUCAAAGUGAUGCUGCCCCUCCCAUGUCUAUGCAUGCUAUUAGCUUACUUCUCGAAGCUAUUUUUCUCAAAGUAAAAUCGUUGCAGGGUCUUGGACAGUUUGAAGAAGCUGCGCAAUCAUGCAAAGUGAUUUUGGACACUAUUGAGACUGCAUUGCCAGAAGGCAUACCAGAAAGUGUUUCUGCAGAUUGUAAACUACAGGAUAUUCUAAACAAAGCUGUUGAACUGCUUCCAGAGUUAUGGAAACUCACUGGGUCUCCCCAAGAAGCUAUCUUGUCGUACCGCCGGGCUCUCCUAUAUUAUUGGAAUCUGGAUACAGAGACCACAUCUAAGAUAGAAAAGGAACUUGCCGUUUUUCUGUUGUAUAGUGGUAGCGAUGCAAGUCCUCCUAAUCUCCGUUCACAGGUGGACGGAUCUUUUGUACCAAGAAACAAUAUAGAAGAGGCUAUUCUUCUGUUAUUAAUUCUAUUAAGAAAAUUUGCUGUCAAAAAGAUUGAGUGGGACCCGACAAUCAUGUAUCACCUUUCUUUUGCACUAUCUAUUUCAGGGGAACAGAGAGCACUGGCCCAUCAGGUGGAAGAGUUGCUUCCAGGGAUCAUGGAAAGGAGAGAAAGAUAUAGCAUUCUCGCUCUCUGUUAUCAUGGAGAGGGUGAGGAAAUGAUUGCUUUGAAUCUUCUGAGGAAUUUGCUGUUUAACAGAGGAAACCCAGACUGUGUUUUGGAAUUAUUAUUGGCUUCAAACAUUUGCGCAAAGAAUACGGUUUGCGUGGAAGAAGGGAUAAGUUAUGCUUCCAGGGCGCUUUCUGAGUUGUGUGGUAGAUGCAACCAGAUGGAAAGUGUUGCAAACUGCUUACAGGGUAUUUUACUGUCAACUCAAUCCAGAUCAGUUGCUUCUGAUUCUGAGAGAAUUUCAAAACAAAGUGAAGCACUUGAGAUGCUGGAAAGUGCUGAAAAAAUGAUGAUAGAAAGAGAUCCAUCUAUCAUAUUCCAUCUCAGUCUAGAAAAUGCUGAGCAGAGAAAGUUGGAUGCUGCCCUUUACCAUGCGAAGCAGCUUUUGAAACUGGAGGCUGGGUCUAGUGUUAGAAGUUAUAUCCUUUUGGCUCGAAUAUUGUCAGCUCAAAAACGGUUUGUUGACGCAGAGAAUGUAAUCAAUGCUGCUCUAGAUCAAACUGGGAAGUGGGAUCAAGGGGAACUGCUGCGGACAAAAGCUAAACUCCAGAUUGCACAGGGGCAAUUAAAGAAGGCCAUAGAGACCUACACUCGUCUUCUUGCUAUCAUCCAAAUUCAAACUAAAAGCUUAGGUGCUGGGAAGAAGCUUGCGAAGAAUCAGAGAAACAGCUGGAGUUUGGAAAUGGAAACAUGGCACGAUCUGGCUAAUGUGUACACAAGUUUGUCACAGUGGCGGGAUGCUGAGGUCUGCCUUUCAAAAUCAAAGACUCUCAGCCCUUAUUCUGCUUCAAGAUGGCACUCCACAGGUUUACUCUAUGAAGCAAAGGGCUUGCAUCAAGAGGCUCUGAAAGCAUUCAAGGCAGCAUUAGAUGCGGAACCCAACCAUGUCCCAAGCUUGGUAUCCACUGCCUGUGUCCUCAGGCGACUUGGUAGUCAAUCAAUACCAAUUAUCAGAAGCUUUCUCACUGAUGCUAUUCGACUUGACAAAGCAAACCAUUCUGCAUGGUACAACCUUGGACUACUCUACAAGGCUGAUCCCAGUGCAUCAGCACUUGAGGCAGCCGAAUGCUUCGAGGCUGCAGCGUUUCUGGAAGAUUCUGCACCAGUUGAGUCCUUCAGAUGACUGCCUGAUCUUGAAGUACAUUUCUCUCCGUAAAUCCAUAUGUAGAUUUGUGUUGUUACUCAAAAGUACUUGUUUGACAUGCUUCAAUGAAUUGGAAAUCUUUUUUAAGAAAUGAUUUGCUAUAUUUGUAA